AUGAGAUUGGGCCAUCUACUGAAAGGUAAUGAUACGAAAAGAAAGAGUAAUCGCAGAAUUAUCGUGAUAGAAGAUGACGUUGAUGAUGAAGACGAAGAAGAUGAAGACGAAGAAGAAACAAGCGAAGAAAGAGAGGAAAGACUAGAGAAGGAAAGACAAGACAGAAUCAAAAACAAACCCCCUCUUAGUCAAAUUUUCAAUAUCUCUGAUUUCGAGUUUGUGGCUAAGCAGGUUUUGCCACUAGGUACUUGGGGUUACUACUCGACUGGAUCUGAUGACGAGUUUUCCCUCAGAGAAAAUCACUAUGCUUUUGGCAGGAUUUUUUUCCGGCCAAAAUGCUUGGUCGAUGUCACCAAGGCUUCGACUGAAAGCGGUGAAAUCUUUGGUGCCACCUUCGAUGCUCCUUUCUAUUGUACAGCAUUUGCAGGAUCUCCAAUGGCACAUCCAGAUGCCGAAAAGAAUCUAAUUCUUGCUGCGGGUAACGAAAAGAUCCCUUAUUUGGUGCCAAUUCAGUGCUCUUACCCGUUGGACACUUUCAUGUCGUUUGCAAAACCCGGCCAGGAGAAUUUCCAUCAAGUCCAUUUUUACACUGAGGAACAACUUAAAAAUGCUCCUGAAUAUUUCAAAAACAUUGAAGACAAUUAUCCAAACAUAAAAGCUUUUUUCAUUAACGUCGAUUUACCAUGUUUAGGUAACAGAGAAAAAGAUUCCAAGAUAAGGGCUGCCCUGGAUCCAUCUGUCAAUGACGGUUUAUCACUCUUUGCAGCCCCAACAAUCAAAUACUUGAAUCUAACAUGGAAUGAUAUGGAAAAGUUGAAAAAUUCGACUAAGAUUCCUAUUGUUUUGAAGGGUGUUCUUCGUAAAGAAGAUGUUUUAAAAGCUGCCGAGCUUGGAUUAGGCGGGUGCUUGUUAUCGAAUCACGGUGGCCGUCAAUUGGAUUUUGCAAUGCCCCCAAUCGAAAUUCUUGCUCAAUCACGUAAAUUGUUGCGUGAAAAUGGAAUCAAGGAUGAAGAUUUCAAAAUGUUCAUCGAUGGUGGUAUUCGUCGUGGUUCAGACAUCAUCAAAGCAUUGUGUCUAGGAGCUGAUGCCGUUGGUUUAGGUAGACCGUUCCUAUAUGCAAUGGCCUCUUAUGGUCAGCCGGGGGUGGAAAGAGCAAUGCAAUUGUUGAAAGAAGAAAUGUUGAGAGAUAUGAAAUUACUCGGUGUUAAUAGUGUAAAGGAAUUGAACGAAGAUAUGGUGGAUAUUGAAUCAUUGAAAUUCAAAGGUAUCUCUUCUUCUGACAUCUUGUAUAACUCCAACUACACUAAUAUGCCUCCUCCUCCAUUCACAAAAUAG